AUGGCCGCAUCCGCCCUGUCCGUCUGCUCCAGCAACCUGAGCUAUGGAAACCGCGCCUGCCUGCCCGGCUCCAGUGACUCCUGCACCGACUCCUCCUGGCAGGUGGACGACUGUCCAGAGAGCUGCUGUGAGCCCUCCUGCUGCGCCCCCAGCUGCUGCCAACCCACCUGCUGUGCCCCCAGCUGCUGCCAACCCACCUGCUGUGUCCCCAGCUGCUGCCAACCCACCUGCUGUGUCCCCAGCUGCUGCCAGUCCACCUGCUGUGUCCCCAGCUGUUGCCAAACCACCUGCUGUGCCCCCAGCUGCUGCCAGUCCACCUGCUGUGCCCCCAGCUGCUGCCAGUCCACCUGCUGUGCCCCCAGCUGCUGUACCCCAGCUUCCUGCCUGACCCUCAUCUGCACCCCAGUGAGCUGCAUGUCCAGCCCCUGCUGUCAGCAGUCUAGCUGCCAGCCCUCCUGCUGCACCUCCUCCCCCUGCCAGCAGGCCUGCUGCACACCCGUCUGCUGCACACCUGUCUGCUGCAAGCCCCUGUGCUGUGUGCCCGUCUGCUCUGGGGCCUCCUCGUGCUGCCAGCCCACCCCCUGCACCUCAUCCUGCUGCAGACCCUCCUCUUGCGUGUCCCUCAUCUGCCGCCCCGUGUGCAGGCCUGCCUGCUGUGUGACCACCUCCUGCUGUGGCCCCACCUCCUCCUGCCAGCCCAGCUGCUGCUGCCCGUCCUCCUCCAUGUCCUUGCUCUGCCGCCCCCUGUGCUCCCGCCCGGCCUGCUGCAUCCCCGCCUCGGCCCAGAAGUCCUGCUGCUGA